AUGGGUAAGAAGAAGUUAGUGAAGAAAACUAAAGAGCUUUCAGUAGCAAUAGCGGAAUCAUCAACAAUAGCUGAAGAAACCCAGCAACAACAACAAACUCCUACAAAGAGAGGUAGAGGAAGACCUCGCAAAAUCAUUGAGACAAGUGAAGUGGUGAAGGAAGAAACAGCAGCAUCAGAAGAAGAUAUAGAGAGAGAAGCCAAAAAUAUUAAAACAAGUACUGAUCAAGAUGAAGAAAAAGCUAAAGAUGAGCAACAACAACAGCAAAUUACGAAAGUAGUAGUUGGAGCAGCAUCAUCUUCAAAGAAGGAACCACCGAGAAGCAGAGCUAAGCGUAAGAGCAAGCCGAGAAAGAGCAGCUAA